CCCUGGCGUGCCCGCCCAGGCCGCGAUUGAGGAGGAAGAGGAGGAUGAUCUCCAGAUACACUCGGAAGGCGGUGCCGCAGAGCUUGGAGCUGAAAGGAAUAACAAAAUAUGCUCUCAAUCAUCAUCCCCUUCCGGAGCAGCUGGAUGAAACAACUUCUGCCUGUGAUAGCCAUGAAAAAGACACAAGUUCCCAAAGUGAGUCUGACGUCACACAAGAAUCACCUUUUACAUCAGCUGACACUGGGGAUUCAAGGUCUGCUUUUCCAAGUUAUGCAGGCACAGGGAUCUCUACUGAAGGCAGCUCGGACUUCUCCUGGGGAUAUGGUGAACUUGAUCAAAAUGCCACUGAAAAAGUCCAGGCAAUGUUCACAGCCAUUGAUGAGCUCUUGUAUGAGCAGAAGUUGAGCGUACAUACUAAGAGUCUACAAGAAGAGUGCCAACAGUGGACAUGUAGUUUUCCUCACCUCAGGAUUUUGGGUAAGCAGAUAAUCACUCCAAGUGAAGGUUAUAGACUGUACCCGAGAUCCCCUUCUGCUAUUUCAGCUUCACAUGAGGCAACACUGUCUCAAGAAAGAGAUUCUACUAUAUUCGGGGUCAGGGGGAAGAAGUUACACUUUUCCACCCCUUAUGCCGGCGGGUUCGCCGGGGAGGCGGCCGGGGAGGGCUGUGUGAUCGCCUGCGAAGGACGGGUGGAGGAGUACCUGGCCUUCGACCUCACGGACGGGGAAGAGGGGUUUCAUGGAAAGAAAUCAGAAGCAGCUACAGAGAAACAGAAAUUAGGGUACCCUCCCAUUGCUCCAUUUUACUGCAUGAAAGAGGAUGUCCUUGCUUAUGUGUUCGAUGACGUGUGGAGCAAGGUCCUGAGCUGUAUGGAGCAGUUGACACGUAGUCACUGGGAGGGAUUUGCUUCUGAUGAUGAGAGUAAUGUUGCAUUCACCAAAUCGGCUUCAGAAAGCCCCUGUGUGCUGAGUGAACUACAACCUUUGGUCUUACCUCGAGUGCCACAGUCAAAGGUGCUGUCCAUCACUUCAAAUCCGAUGAGUCUCUGUCAAGCAGCAAGUGGUCAUCAGCCAAAUGUGAACGGUCUCUUGGUUCAUGGGAUGCCUCUACAGCCAAGAAAUCUCUCCCUAAUGGACAAGCUCCUAGAUCUCGAUGACAAGCUACUUAUGAGGCCUGGGUCCAGUACCACCCUUUCAACCCGAAAUUGGUCAAAUCGAGCCCUAGAGCUUUGUGCAUCAUCUCUGUCAUAUACAGUGCAGUCCGCCAGGAGACGCAAUCCCCCGCCUCGUACCCUUCACCCCAUCAGCACAAGCCAUUCACAUGCUGGAACACCAAGAACUGUGGAAGAAAUCCUCCGAGGAUCCCGAGUACCACUGGUGGCCAACUCGCUCUCUUCUCCCUCACCAAUGCCCCUGAGUCGAAAUAAUCUGCUGCCACCUAUUGGCACAGCUGAAGUGGAACACCUGAGCACUGUGGGGCCACAAAGACAACCGAAAACCCAUGGUGAUUUGAAUCGAGCUCGAAGUGCGGUGGUGAAUGAACCUAAACAUCAGCAGCCCCAGGAGAGGCUUCUUUUACCUGACUUUUUCUCCAGGCCCAACACAACCCAGUCAUUUUUGCCAGACACGCAGUAUCGUCAUUCAUGCGCUGUUGAGUACCCACAUCAGGCCCGACCUGGUAGGGGAUCUGCAGGGACAGGUACUCAAUCACAUGGGUCUACAAAAUCUCAAAACAGAGGUGGACCAGUCUCCAGAACCAGGCAGGGACCAUAGAGCAAAUGA